CCCUUCCCAAAACCUCUAAUUUUCGAUGGCAGAUAUCGAAGCUCCGCCCGACCCCAAUCUGACCGCCGAAUUGGAGUCCUUAGCUGCCACUCCCAUGGAUCCUUUGUUCUUCUCCGCGCCUGAUUCAAUUCCCGAUGGAGAUCUAGGGUUUCCACUCGACGAUAACGGGGAUUUCAACCUUACCUUUGAUGAAUUCGACGACUUGUACUUCCCUCUCGGAUCCGAAAACUUCGUCAUACCCGAUUCGGGUUCUCCGCUUGGGAAUUUCGGUGAUUUCACUACAGAAUCAGGCAGUUCGGCUAUUUCCGGCGACCGGGGUCCCGUGGACGUUGACAAAUAUCUGAAAUGUUCGUCUCCGGAGUCUGGCAGUUGUGAUCGUCCAGAUUCCUCGCGGGUGUCAUCCCAGGGCUCGGGAGUUUCCGAUGCCAUGAACGCUGCUUCGCCGGAUUCGGGAAAUACGGUUGUUGAGCAGAAAAUUAAAGUGGAAGAAACUGGAAAUCCCCGUGUUUCCAAGAGGAAAAAGGAAAACGAAGAUAUAAGCACUAGUAAGUGUCGGAGAUCAUCGUUGCAGGUGGAAAAUGCAAGUGAAAGUACACUUGCAUUGGGCGAGGAGGAAGAGAAGAGGAAGGCGAGGUUGAUGAGGAACAGGGAGAGUGCGCAGCUGUCGAGACAGAGGAAGAAACAUUAUGUGGAGGAGCUAGAAGAUAAGGUCAGGAAUAUGCAUUCUACCAUUACAGAUUUGAAUAGUAAGAUUGCUUAUUUUAUGGCUGAAAAUGUAAGCUUGAGGCAGCAAUUGGGUGGUGGUGGUGCUGCUGGUGGUGCUGGAAUGUGUCCACCACAGCCUAUGUACCCACCAAUGGCGCCUGUGCCGUACCCGUGGGUGCCCUGUCCUCCCUAUGUGAUGAAGCCACAAGGGUCUCAGGUGCCUUUGGUUCCUAUUCCUAGGUUGAAGGCACAGCAGCCGGCACCAGCUCCUAAGGCCAAAAAGACCGAGAACAAGAAGAGUGAGGGGAAAACUAAGAAGGUAGCUAGCGUUAGUUUUCUGGGACUCUUGUUCUUUGUUUUAUUGUUUGGCGGAUUGGUGCCUAUGGUGAAUGUGAAAUAUGGAGGAAUUAGGGACGGUGUGAGUGAUAGAUCUGGUUCUGUUCGUAAUGGAUUUUAUGAUUCACAUAGAGGGAGAGUUUUGCAAGUUAGUGGUCAUCUAAAUGUUUCUGAUGAAAGUAGGCCUAUAGGAUAUUCUAGGGGAAAAUUAGAUAAUAGUCAUAACGUUGCCUUUGAGAGAGAUCAUGGUGGAGGAUCAGAGGAUAGGGUGCCUGGUUCAGAUGAGUUUCGUAAUCCAGACAAUGUUAGUGAGCCGCUUGGUGCCUCUUUAUAUGUAUGGAGGAAUGAUAAACUUGUGAAAAUUGAUGGCAACCUGAUAAUUCAUUCUGUUCUUGCUAGUGAGAAAGCAAUUGCCUCUCGUGAGGCAUCUGAAAUAAAGAGUAAGAAGGAGGCUUCUGGAAUAAAGAGUGAGAAGGAGGGUUCUGAAAUAAAGAGUGAGAAGGAGGGUUCUGAAAUAAAGAGUAAGAGGGAGACUGGUUUGGCAGUCCCCAGGGAUUUCUCCCCAGCACUGGCGAUUCCUGAUGCCAGAGGGGAUGGUGUUGAACACCCUCAUGUCUACAGAAAUCCUACAGAAAGGCAGAAGGCUCUGUCUUCUGGUUCUGCUGAUGCAUUGAAGGACCAUUUCCAGUCAUCUGCAGCUGAUGGUACGAUGCAGCAGUGGUUCCAUGAAGGAUUGGCAGGGCCAAUGUUGAGUUCUGGUAUGUGCACUGAAGUGUUUCACUUGGAUGUCUCACCAAAGCCAGGAGCCAUUGUUCCUGCUUCCUCUGUUGCUAGUUCAACAAAACAAAAUCAGAAUAAUACUCAGGUUAACAAGGGACAGAAUAGAAGGACUCUCCGUGGUCUUCCAGUUCCUGUCCCUGGAUCCAAUCUGAACAACAGUGGACAUGGAGGAAAUUCUCAGAAAGAAAACUUUCAAGGGAAUAAGACUGCCUCAUCUAUGGUAGUUUCUGUGCUCGUUGAUCCCAGAGAGGGCGGCGAUGGAGAUGCAGACAGCGUGAUAAAACCAAAGUCACUCUCUAAGAUCUUUGUUGUUGUGCUUACGGACAGUGUCAAGUAUGUUACAUACUCGUGUGUACUUCCACGGUCUGGCCCUCACCUUGUCACUACUUGAGGAUAUAGAAUAUAGAUUUUAACCUUAAGUAACUGAAGAGAUCUAUGUUUAACUUUUUGCUUCAAAUUUUUGUAUAUAUUGAGAGGCUGCAGCUUUUAGAGCGUUGUAACCAGACUUAACUCUGGACUUCCCAAUUAGCUUUAAACUUGAGCUAGUUAGUGACUAGUGGAACAGUUAGGUCUAUGAAUGGUAUUUGCCUAAUGGCCCUUGGAACUAACAAUCAAUACCUACCAUUCCA